GUUGGCCCUUCCAACUACUCUUUGUUUUUCUCUGCAGGGUUCAUAGUCCCCAAUAUUCUGUCUUACUCUGACUAGCUCAGAACUAUAUAUACAUACAUAAUACUAAGUUAUAGGUAGGUGAAGUAAACAAGAGGGAAUAGAAGAUGUGGCGUGUUCUGGCAGCAGUGAGAAGAAACUUUCAGAACACAAGAAAGAGUUCAAAAGUGGCAGAUGAGAGCAUGUUUGAAGCAGGAAACGGUGUUGAGCUAUUUGGAGAUGACAGAGGCAGAAGACAACAUGGUUGGGGGCUUGUGUGCAGCAUUCUUCAAGCUCCAAUAUCAAUACUCUCAUGUGUUUCUCACCCUCAGGUUAAUGGUUCUGAUGGGGUUUGGGUAACUGGGGAAUUCUCACAGGUUUCUGAAAUGAACCAUCUCAUGGUAAGUGACAACAUGAGAUAUGCAAUUUUGAUGUAGUAAAUAUUGUGAAUACCAAUUGCUGCUGCUCCUGCUUUCCAAGGACAACAUCAUCACAUACCUCUCUCUCUCUCUUUCUUGCCAUCAUUCUUCUUUUCUCUUUUCUUCUGUUCACAGUUUGGAUCAUAUAUGUAAUACACUAGAUGAUUUAAUGGAUCAGCCAGAGUUAUGACCUACUUUUUCGUGUUAAUCAAUGUUUCAUUUGCUUUUCA